AUGGCUGGCUUUGCGACGAAGCAGGCAAUCGCAGAAAACUUUAGCUGUACCGAAAGGCUGAAAUUCACAGCCGAGGAGAGCGUCUCUCACAUCGGCAGCGACGAUGCCACAAGUCUCCAGACGCCAGCCGAAGCUCAGACCUCACCGACUGUAGUGAGCGCGACUUCCAGAGCCUCCAAGAGACGCAAUUACCCUUCCGAACAAAAGACGAGCAAGUGCACCUGGCCGGGCUGCCCAAAGACCUUCAACCGACCUGCACGCCUCCUGGCCCACUUCCGCUCGCACACCAACGAGCGGCCGUACAAGUGUACCCACGAGGGCUGCGACAAGGACUACACCGAGAGCAAGCACCUCAAGCUGCACCUGCUCUCCCACACCAAGGAGGCCAAGUACGCCUGCGACAAGUGCGACAAGGCCUUCGCGACGGGCACCAGGCUGCGCCGCCACCAGGCAGUGCACGAGGGCCAGGAGCGGUACCGGUGCAGGGACUACCCGCCGUGCAAUCAGUCGUUCCGCAAGCACCAGACGCUGCAGCGGCACGUCCUCAAGGAGCACCUUGGCAAGAAGGCGUUCCCGUGCGCGCAAGAGGGCUGCGGCGCGUCGUAUGACACGGCCAACGCGCUGCGCAGCCACCGCGACAGGGACCACGGCGAGAUCCGGUUCUGGUGCGGUGAGUGCUGUGAGGAGGCGGCGCGGAGCCCGGGCGACGAGACCAAGCAGCCCGUGGGCUUCACAACGCAGUUCCUUCUGGACACGCACAUACGCCAGGACCACGUCAACUGCAUCUUCUGCGACGUCCGCUUCGCCGGCCACUACCAGCUCGAGCAGCACAUGGAGAUGUACCACUCCGGGCUGUCGGUUGAGGACCGCAAGACGGUGGCGUGCACUUUCCCCGGCUGCGCCAAGAAGUUCACCAAAAAGGCCAACAUGAACAACCACUACCGCACAGCGCACGAGGGCAAGCGCUUCGUCUGCGGCAAGGUGAACACGUUUGACGUCGCCGGGCUCGAGGACUGGAAUUGGACCGAGGAAGGCUGUGGCGAGGGCUUCGUCGACAAGGCCAAGAUGUCGCAGCACAUCCUCUUCGUGCACCUGGGCAGGCCCCGCCCCGCGACUGGCCCGGGCUCGACUUCCACGGCCAAGGCCUCGUCCUCGGGCCACGUGGCCAGUUUUCUUAACGAGAUCUCCGGCGUCGCGAACCAAGAGCGCCGCCAGGCGGUCUGUGCCGUCCCCGAAUGCACCGCCCGCUUCAUCCGCUACGCCGACCUCCACAAUCACGUCCAAGCCCAGCAUCCCGAGCACGCCGCCGGAGUUGAGCUCCUGGAGGAGUCCGAGGUCCCGCGCCUGCACGACGGCGAGGUCAUCUGGGGCGACGGCGGUGUCGACGCUGAUGGUGUGGCUGCGCCGGGUGAGCCGCAGUCCCCGGACUGGGGCCUGGUCGAUGACGACGCUGUCGCCAACGCGGGUGCUCAACAGCCGCCGGACUGGGACAGCGAGGAGGCGAACUUGAUGCAGCUGGUCGAUCUGGAUGCGGCCAUCGACCCCAGUCUCCUGCUCCAGGCUUGA